AUGUCCGCCCCCGCCAGCAAAGAGGUGAAGGAGCUCAGCUCUGUCGACUUCAUCCAGCUCCAGCAGUAUAUUGAAUACUGCAGCCUGAAAGUCAAAGAUGUGCUGCGGGAAUUUGAUGCAGAUGGCCGCCUGUCCCGGCACAGACACGGAGAGUGCAUUAAUGAAGAAGGCUUCCGCCUCUUCCUGAAGACUUACUUAGAAGUGGAUGACUUCCCAGCAGAUCUGUGCCAGCGGCUCUUUCGCUCUUUUCAAAACUCCGAAACUGCCAAGGAAGACAGCAGGAAAGAGGUCUUUCUGAAGGAUGUUUCGUGUUAUUUCUCACUCUUGGAGGAUGGUCAACCUCGUGACAAGCUAGAGUUUGCUUUCAAGCUGUACGACAGAGAUGGCAACGGCGUACUGGACAGCUCGGAAGUGGAUAGAAUUAUCGCUCAAAUGAUGCAUGCUGCAGAGUACUUGGGAUGGGAUGUGACAGAGCUCAGGCCGGUUCUCAAGGACAUGAUGACCGCAAUAGAUGCUGACAGCAGCGGUACGGUGUCAUUGGAGGAGUGGGUGGAAGGAGGCAUGAACAACGUCCCUCUACUGGUCCUGCUUGGCCUGAAGAUGACACAGACAGACGGACAACACCUGUGGAGAAUGAAACAUUUCAGCAAGCCUGUAUACUGCAACGUGUGUCAUUGCAUGCUUCUAGGUCUCAGGAAGCAAGGCUUGUGCUGCACCUGUUGCAAGUACACAGUCCACGGCCGCUGCGCUAACAGGAACCCGGCCCCGUGUGCCAGAACCUAUGUGAAGUCCAAGAAAGAAACAGGGGUUCCGGCACAUGACUGGGUGAGUGGGAACUGUGAAUCGAGAAAGUGUGACAAGUGUCAAAAGAAGAUCAAGAGCUUACAAGGCCUAACGGGCAAACACUGCGUGUGGUGUCACUCCAUGCGCCACGAUGCGUGUGCAGACGAAGAGCCGAGUGAGUGCACGUGCGGCCCGCUGCGAGACCAUAUCCUGCCUCCUUGGGCUGUGUAUCCCGUCAUCAAGGAGAGAUCAAACAACGGAUGCUCUGGUCAAACGGACGACACAGAGCUGAACACAACUCCUGAUGGACAAAUCCUUCAGAUUAGCCCCGUGCCCAAUACUCACCCGCUUCUUGUGUUUGUCAAUCCCAAAAGUGGAGGCAAGCAGGGGGAAAGGGUCCUGCGUAAGUUUCAGUAUUUGCUCAACCCUCGGCAGGUGUACAACCUUUCCAAUGGAGGACCAGCUCCAGGCUUGAGUUUCUUCAGAAACCUUCAAGAUUACAGGAUCCUGGUAUGUGGUGGAGACGGCACAGUCGGCUGGAUUCUGGAUGCCAUCGACAAAGCUGGUCUGCUGGUGCGGCCGCCAGUUGCUGUACUUCCCCUGGGCACAGGAAAUGACCUCGCGCGAUGCCUGCGGUGGGGAGGAGGAUACGAUGGUGAGGACCUAAACAGGAUCCUGAAGGAUAUUGAGGGGAGCUCUGAGGUUCUGAUGGACCGCUGGAGCGUGCAGGUCAUCACGGAGGAAGGUGAAGACAAAGGCGACCCUGUGCCGUAUGAGAUCAUUAACAAUUACUUCUCCAUCGGAGUGGACGCCUCCAUCGCCCACCGUUUCCACACCAUGAGGGAGAAACAUCCUCAAAAAUUUAACAGCAGGAUGAAGAACAAGCUGUGGUAUUUUGAAUUUGCCACCUCAGAGACCAUCUCAGCCUCUUGCAAGAAACUCAACGAAUGUCUAACAAUAGAGUGCUGCGGCACUCCUUUGGACCUCAGCGGCCUGUCUCUUGAGGGCAUUGCUGUCCUAAACAUUCCCAGCAUGCACGGCGGGUCCAAUCUCUGGGGUGAGAGCAAGAAGGGGGACAUGAAGGGGCUGACCGGCCAAGAGGAGCCUGACGUAAUUGUGGACCCAGAAGUCUUGAAAGUGACUGGCCAAGAUCUGAGUGACCGCAGAGUAGAGGUGGUUGGCCUGGAGGGUGCCAUAGAGAUGGGGCAAAUUUACACGGGCCUGAAGAGUGCUGUGAGACUAGCGAAAACGGCACAGCUCACCAUCAGGACCAAGAAAGCGUUGCCAAUGCAGAUCGACGGAGAACCGUGGAUGCAGCCACCCUGCACAAUUCUCAUCACGCACAAGAACCAAGCGAGUAUGCUGAUGGCUCCUCAGGCCAAAGGAUCAGGGUUCUUCACCUCCAGAUAA